AUGGAUGAAGAACAGCGACGUCGUGAACGAGAGAGGAAACAGUUGCGCAUGGAUGAAGAACAGCGACGUCGUGAACGAGAGAGGAAACAGUUGCGCAUGGAUGAAGAACAGCGACGUCGUGAACGAGACGGACAACGUGCGGUUGGUGGAGCAGAUGUUAAUCGUGGCGACCAUGGUCCCAAUCGUCCUGUUUCUCAGAGCGGCCUUUCUAAUCCUAAAGACCCUGUAAAGGAUGCAGUACCAAAGGAUAAAGACAGUCAGCAUGACGGAAAUUGCAUGAACAGAGACGAAGUGGAUGAGGGUCAGCGAGGAAUUCACGGACAUAGAGAACUCCGAGAAGAAUAUUAUGAACAUUCUAAUGAAUCAGGGGAGUCGCACCAUCAGGAAUCAAAUGAUAGUGGGACUUCACCUCAUUCGUACGUUCUUACACAGGAAGGAGAGAUGCUUCGUCGUAGAGAACAGGAAAGAAGAAUGCGUGAGCUAGCCAAGGAUGUGGAUCUGACUAGCCAAAUGGAGCUGAUGGCUAAUUUUGAAGCGAGCUUUUGA